AUGAAUCCCUCAGUAUUCACGGGGACGAAAAAGGAUGAAGAUCCUCAGGACUACAUUGAUGCUCUCCAAAAGAUCUUCAGGAUUAUGGCCGUUAUCGAAACCGAAGCAGCUACUUUUGGAGCUCAUCAGGUCGCAUUCCUAGACCAUUUUAUGCCAGUAGAGCUCAGAGAGGCUAAGGCUGAACAGUUCCUGAAGCUCAAACAAAAUGGCAGGCCAGUUCAAGAAUACUAUUUGGAGUUCGUUAGCCUGGCAAAGCAUGCCCCACACAUGGUACCUGAUAUAAGAGCAAGAGUGAGAAGAUUCGUUGGGGGUCUUGAUUCCCAUUUAUGUGGUCAGAAGGGCCAUUUUCUGAGAGACUGUCCAUCAGCCAGGCAGGGUACUGGAGGUAAUAUGACGCCAUCCAUAAAUUCAGCAGUCCCUCGUAAUAAUCAGGCCCAGCAGGGGAACAAUGCAGUUAGGUCUGGAAACACAAGCGGGGGGCGAAACCGCAUGUAUGCAUUGACAGGCCGUCAGGAUACAGAAGCUCGAGCGGAUGUUGUUACAGAUACCCUAACAGUUUUCACUUUCGAUAUUGAAGUUGAAGGGGUUGAAGAACAUUGGGAUACGCUCAAAGGCGGGAAGUUAAGGUAUGCUGGGGGCCUUUUCCCAGUUAGUAUGUUUUUCAGUCAGGCCCAUGGUAGAGGUUUCAUAGACUAG